CCACGUCAACUCGGCUUACUUCUUGACAGUUGUCAAUCACAUUGCGUUGCUUGCAUUGCGUUGCGGAUAAAGUUUUGUUUGUGGUUGCUAAAUAUUGUUAAACUUACAAAAUGAUUACUGUUCUAAAUACAAUCGACACAGGUCACGAAGAUAUGAUACAUGACGCAGAAAUGGAUUACUAUGGCUUGAGGUUAGCUACAUGCUCUUCUGACAACUCUGUAAAGAUUUACGAUAUCAAGAGUGGAACACAAACCCUCGCAGCUGACUUGAAGGGUCACUUUGGGCCGGUGUGGCAAGUGUCUUGGGCACAUCCGAAGUUUGGUAACUUGCUGGCAUCGUGCUCUUAUGAUAGAAAAGUUAUCAUAUGGAAAGAAUCAGGGGAAUGGACAAAAUUAUAUGAAUAUACUGGGCAUGAAAGUUCUGUGAACUCGGUUGCGUGGGCGCCCGCCGAUUACGGGUUGAUACUAGCCUGUUGCAGUUCUGAUGGAUCAAUAUCAGUCAUAACAUAUGCACAAGAUAGCGGUAACUGGGAUGUAAAGAAGAUUCCUGGGGCCCAUGCUAUUGGGGUGAAUUCCUUGAGUUGGUGUCCUGCUAUCUCAGCCGACUUGAACCUCGAUCCUCUUAGCAAUAAAGAGGCAUCUAAGAGAAUAGUUUCCGGUGGAUGUGACAAUCUUAUCAAGAUAUGGAGAGAACAAGGAGACCAAUGGGUAGAAGAAAACCGCCUAGAAAUGCACAUGGAUUGGGUCAGAGAUGUUGCCUGGGCUCCAUCUCUUGGGCUGCAGCGGUCCAUGAUUGCCAGCUGCUCUCAGGACAAAAGAGUGGUUAUUUGGACCAGCGAUGACAAUCUAUCUUGGACACCCACCAUCCUCAAUACCUUUGAUGAUGUUGUGUGGAGUCUGAGCUGGUCUCUUACUGGUAACAUCCUAGCUGUGUCUGGUGGGGACAACAAGGUCAGUCUGUGGAAGGAGAACAGUGAUGGCCAGUGGUUAUGUAUCAGUGAAGUCGCCAAAGGAUUAGGCCAAACUGCUAAUGAUGAGAGAAGUACACUCUGAACUGAAUGAUUUUGAUUUACUUAUUAUGUAUGUAUAAUUCUUAAUAGUAUGUGUAAUAUAAUGUUGAAUUAAAUUGUGAUUAACCAA